AUGAGGGAGAGAUCGAUGCGGGGCAGGCGCAGAUCGACAAGAAGACGCAGGACAGAGAAGGCGGAGACGGACGAGCGCCUGGCCAGCUCCAAAGAGGACCGACCUCGAGGACACCCAGGAGUCGCUCGCCGCGGACGAGAAGUUCUUGAUGAUGUUGAAGGAGAGAAGUGCUCCAUGACCGACGCCGAGUGGCAGGAGCGCCAGAAGACGCGCGCCGCGGAAAUGGCCGCCGUGUCCAAGGCCCUCGCUAUCCUCGCCAGCGACGACGCCCACGACCUCUACGCCCGCACCUUCAACAAGGCGGCGGCCUCGCUGCUGCAGCAGCGCAGCUCGGAGCAGUCCGCCCGCCGCGACCAGGCAUCCCGGCUCCUGACCGCCGCUGCCAGGCGCCUCCACAGCCAGGCUCUCUCCAGGCUGGCCCUGAGCGCGAGGCUGGACGCCUUCGAGGAGGUGAAGAAGGCCAUCGACAGCAUGCUGUCUGCGCUCCAGGAGGAGCAGGCCGCCGAGGUGAAGCACAAGGAGACUUCUGCGUUGCGGAGCUCAACGAGAACGAGCUCCAGACCGAGAAGAAGACGAUGGAGAAAGGACCUUGAGGCCAAGAUCGCCCAGUUGGAGACCACGAUCAAGCAUCUCACGGAGGACCCGACAUCGACACUCUGA